AUGGCUCCUAGACGUACAUUUACUGUUAAAGAAAAAGUGGACAUCAUUUCUAGACUGCAAAAUGGAGAAAACCAUGUGGAUCUGUGUAAACAAUUUGGAGUUUCACAUUCUACAAUAUCAACGAUGUUGAAAAUUCGCACUAAAAUUAUGGAGUGUUUCGAAUCAAAAUCCCUGAAAAUAAAGAAAAAUCGUAAUCCAACUCAUCAAGAUAUUGAAAAUGCUCUCCUAGUGUGGUUUAAAGCUCAGACAAGCCAAAAUGUACCCAUAAGCGGUCCUUUUUUGCAAGAGAAAGCUAAUCAUUUUGCCAGACAGCUCGGGAAAACAAACUUUGUAUGUUCAGAAAGCUGGAUUUACAGAUUUAGACAACGUCAUAAUAUAGUGGUCGGUAAAGUUUGUGGAGAAGCCGCCAAUGUGUCGCAAAAUAACUGUGACAAUUGGUUGAGAACAGUUUUACCAAAAUUAACUGAAGGGUAUACCGACAGUCAUAUAUGGAACGCUGAUGAGACGGGAUUAUUUUUUAAAUUGACUCCAGAUAGAACACUUAAAUUCAAAGGAGAAAAGUGUGCUGGCGGCAAACUAUCAAAAGAUAGAAUAACCGUGCUUAUUACUUCAAGUCACCCACAAAUUCAAAAUUUGACUAACAUCAAACUGGCAUUCUUACCACCGUGUUUGGUGGUCAGAUCAGUUAUUCAGCCUAUUUAUCAAGGUAUAAUUAAGACUCUUAAAGGCCAUUAUCGAAAGCUUCUAGUGGAGAAAAUGGUAAACGACAUUGAAAAAAGUACUACCCAAUUUGCCAUCAAUCUUCUGGAUGCCAUUGAUAUGAUAACAACAGCAUGGGCACAAGUUACUCCAGAUACAAUUAAAAAAUGUUUUUCACAUGCUGGGUUUGGUAAUUUUUCGAAUUUAAAUACAACUGAUGACGAUUCUGAUGAUGAAUUGGACAAUUUGCCAUUGGCGAGAUUAUCAUCAGCGGAAGCAACAGUUACGGAUUGGGAAACUUAUGCGAACAUUGACGAUCAAGUUAUCACUACUGAUAAGUUGACUGAUAAUUAA